AUGGAUUAGAAUGAGGAAUAACAAUCCCCAAUGCAAUCUCCUCAGCUUGAUCCUAUAGAUUUACCUGAUUAGUCAUCGCCUCGUCAGCCAGAAUCUCCAAAAUUGGAUAGAGGAUCUCCUGACCAUGCUAGUCAAGUGUCUGAGGAUUUUGAAGAAGUAAUUCCUGAGGAAGAAUGGGAGUAAAUGAAAUAGGAUGCAGUAGCUAGAGGAGAUACAGAUGAUCCACCUAAAACAAGAGUGAUAAAAAGAAAGAUUCAUAAGAGAAAAUCUACAGUUUUAUUAUAACUGUAGCCAGCUAGUGUCAAUGGUAUAGUAUUGAUAAUAUUAAGAUUUCGGUGGAUUUUAUGUGAGAAACAAGUUGUCAGAAUACUUGGAUUCUUAUGAUGAUGAAAAAUGGUAAAAAGAUCCUAAUGAAAUUUUAUCAGUCAAUUUCAUGUGCAAACAUGGAUAAGCAAAUUUAUUUGCUUGGAUGACUGAAUAAGGAAUUCAAAUGAGUGAGAUGGAUCCACCUAGAUUAGAACCAGAUGCAUUAGAUCCAGACUUUGUAUAUUUUUUGAAACUGCCACAUCCAUAAGAAGUAAUUAUAGGUAAUGAUAAUGUUACUGAGUAUGUAAGUGAUGGUGUGAUAAAAAUUAAUUAUUUGAAAUCAUUAUUGAAAUAAAUGAAUGCAUAGUUCAUUCCUUAAUUUAUUUAGGAUUCAACUUGGCCUGAAAAUGUAAAAAAAGAGUUCUUGGCUUAAUUACAUAAAUUUAUGGCAACUUUGACUGAAUAUUCAUUUAGUCAAGAAGGAAUAACAGAAUUGUAUAUACCAAAUGAAGAUUUGAAUAAUAUUGAAUAAGCUUCUCAUGAUAAAGAUUUAUUAUAGAGAUUGGAAGCAAUAUUAUUACAUUGGUAGAGACAAAUAAAAGAUAUAGUUAAUAAUUAAGAAUUAGCAAUUGAGAAUGAGAAUGCAGGUCCUCUUGAUGAAAUUGCUUAUUGGAGAUAAAGAAAAAAUAAUUUAUCACAUAUUCAUGAAUAAUUAGAAAAACCAGAAUUAAAGAGAAUAAUCUAAAUUCUUAGUGAUAGUUAAUAUGUUUAAAGUUUUAAGGAUGUUACUGAGAAUAUUAAAUUGGGAUCAAGUUAAGCUGAAGAUAAUUUGGAAAAUUUAAAAAUUUUGUAUGAACCUUGUAAACAAUUGGAAACAGCAACACCAAAAGAGAUUCCAGAAUUAUUGCCUAAUCUAUUAUUUAGAGUAAGAUAUAUUUGGGAGAAAUCAAGAUACUUUAAUACUCCAGAAAGAAUUUAAGGAUUGAUACAUAAGAUUUCAAAUGAAAUUAUAAAGAGAUGUAAAUCUAGUAUUAAUAUUAAUGAUAUGUUGGAUGGUGAUGUGGAAAAAUGUAUUUAGGAUUUGAAUGAUUCAAUUGAAUGUGGUGAAUAAUGGAAAAAGAUAUAUUAGAGAAUGUCAGUAGCAAUAGAAAAAUAAUCAACAUUAACUAAAGGACCAAAGUGGGAUUUUAAUAAUUCUAUUUUUGCUUAAGUAGAUGCUUUUAUUUCUCGUUGUAAGGAAUUAUUAGAAAUUUGUGAGGGUUAAUUAUAGUUUGCUAGAAAAGGAGCAGGUAGUCACAUUCCAUAAUUUGGAGGAAGUAAAGGAUAAGAAAUUGAAGAUAAUUUGGAAUAAAUUAAAGAUAGUUUUGCAAAACAUUUGAAACCAAUAAGAGAUAUUCGUAAGACUGAUAAAGAUAAAAUCUUAGAUGUGAAAGCUUCUAAAUGGCAUGAUGUUUUCAAUGCUUUUCGUAAUGGAGUUAAGGAUUUGGAUGUUAUGUAUACUAAUAUAAUAAAUAAUGCAUUUGAGAGCAUGACAACUGUUUAAUAAGGAGUUGAAUUAUUAGAGGCAUUUGAUUAAUUAGCUAAGAGAUAAUCAAUAAAGAGAGUAGUUUAAAAUAAAGCAAUUGUAGUUUUAGAAUUGUUUAUUUAAGAAAUUGAUGCAACAAAACAUGAAUUUGAUAAUAUUAAAAAGAUUCAAUAUUAUCCUUUGUAACAUGGCUCAUUUUCUGGAUAGGCAAUAUGGGUAAAUUCUUUAAGUCAUAGAAUAAUGAGAAUGAGAUAUUGGGUUGAUUAGAUGUAUUUUAUUGAUGAUUCAAUAAAAAGAACAGCAAUAGAGAAGUUCGAAUAAUUAUCAUCAAAUUUAAAACAAUUUAUUAUAGAAUCUAGAUUAAAAGAAUGGAAGGAAGAUUCAAAGGAUCUUGAAGAUAUAGUAUUAACAACUAGAUUAGAUAAAUAAGUAUUAUUGAGAACAGAUGAGAAACAUCCAGAUUUUUAAUAUAAGAAAGAUUCUUUGAGACCAAAGAUUGGACAUUUAGAAAGCAAUUUUGAUAGACAAUUAUUAAAAUUAUUACAUGAGACAUCAGCAUGGCAGAAAUUAAUAGCGGUAGGUGUAGUGAUUCCAAGUUAUGCAAAUGAUUUUACUUAGAAUCAUAAAGAGAGUUUAAGAGUUUUAAGAGAAUUAGUAAUGUUAGUAGUUAGAGAAUACAAUAAUAUAAUAGAUUAUAUGACAGAAACUGAGAAGAAAUUAUUUGCUUAACAUCUAGAAGCAGUUAAUAAAGUAAUUUAACCAUUAGCUUCACGUUUAAGAUGGAGUGCAAAAACUAUUAUUGAUAGUUAAGUUAGAGAUUGUCGUAGAGCAUGUUAAGAAAUGUUUUUAAAAUUAAAAAUGUUUAAAACAAAUAUGGAUAAGAUUGAUGGAAAAUGUAAUGAAAUUGCAAAUAAAUUAUUGAUUAAAAUUGAUCGUAAAAAAUAAUAUGAUCAUAAAUCAUUUGAAGAAGAAUAAGAGAAACAUAGAAGAGAUAUGUAUUAAAAGUUAAAAUAAAUAUUUGAUGAAAUAAGAAAGAUUUUAUCAGAAACUUAUGAUCCAUUUCUAUUUGAUAGAGUAGAAGUACAAACAGUAUGGUUAAAAUAAGUUAAAUUUAUAGAUUUUAAAAUAAAAGAGAGUUAUGAAAAAGCAGUUAAGAAUUCAUUAAUUGAUUUAUAAAAAGUAAUUGGUUCUGAAGAUGGUAAAAUUACACCAGUUCCUAUUUUUAAGUUAUCAGUAGAAUUAGAAAAUUAAUAAUAAGAAUAUCGUCCAUCAACAACUUAUUUGAAAUAGAUGGUCUCAUAAACAUGUGAAUAUAUGAGAGAAAUUAUGAAAGACUUUAAGAGUAUGGAUGAAGUAAUGAAGGAAGAAAGAAAAAAGAAAUUAGAUGAAGCAAUCUUAUUAAAUUCAAAAGACUCAAAGAAUCCAUAAGCUUAAAAUAUUAGAAGAUUGAGUGAAAUCUCUUAAGUGUAAUAAAUGGAAUAAGAAACUUAAAUUUAAGUAAAAAGCCUUGAUAAUGAAUAAAAUAUCAAGAUUAAAAAUGAUAGUGAUGGUUUAAUAUAAAAAAUUAAUAGUAAAUUGAGUAAGACGUGUGAUGCUUUAAAUUCAGUAGAUGCUCAUGGUUAAUGGAAACGUUAUGAUUGGUAUUGGUAAUAAGCAAAUCAAAAAGAGAAAUUCAUCAAAGAUAUGAUUAAUAGGAAUGAUCCUAUUACUAAUAUUAAAACAUAAUUGGAAACCUUUGAUUUACAUUAAGGUGAAAUCCAAUAAUUGGAAACUACAAAAACCUAAGAUUGUAUUAUAUUAGAUAAUACUUCUAUUAAAUCAACUUUAAUUGAUAUUAUGAUCUCUUGGUAGAAUGCCUUCCUAAAUGCUACUUAGGAUAAAGCAUUACAAGAUUUAAAUCAAUUAUACUCACUCUUCUAAACAUCAGAAACCAAUCUAGAUAUUAUACCACAAGAUUUAUAAUAAUUAAAGAAGAGUAGUGAUCUAUGGAAUAAAUUGAAUGAAGAUCGACCAUCAAUUGAAGCUAAAUUAGGACCUCUAGAAGAUAAAUUUAAAUUAUUAGAAGAAUACUCUAUAUAAUUAAAAGAUGAUGAUAUUAGCAGAAAAAACAAUCUCAGAAAUACUUGGGCUAAUUUUAAUGUAAUGUUAGAUAGAAUUUAAGAAAGAAAUCGCAAAGUCCACAAUAAUUUAUAUUUAGAAACCUAAAAGAAUUUAGAUGAAUUCAUUAAAGAAACUGGAGAUUAUAAAAUUGUAUUUUAAAGUAAUGCUCCAUAUUAAGCUACUAACAUGCCUCAUGAAAAGGCUUUACUUAAUUUAAAUGAAUAUUCUGAAUAAGUUAAACAAUAUCGUAAAAAAGAGGAAUCUAUGAAAUUUGGUUUCGAUUUAUUUAAAUUUAAUUAUGUUCCAUCUCCUGAUUUAGAAUUCAUGGAAAAAGAAAUCGCACAAUUAUCAUACAUAUGGCAUACUAAAGAGGAAUGGGAUCAAUUUAUAAAAGAUAUUGGAAGUACAGCAUUUAGAGAUGUUAAUUGUGAUAAUCUUGAUGAAAUUGGAGAUGAUUAUUUGAGAAAAUUGAAAGGUUUACCUAGAGAAUAAUAAAAAUGGGAAAUUGUUAAUCAUAUGAAAUAAACUAUUGAUUAAUUUAAACAAACACUUCCCUUAAUAAUUAUGUUGAGAGAAUAAUAUAUGAGAGAUAGACAUUGGGAUAAAUUAAGAUAACAUUUGGGAACAAAUAUUGAACCUGACAGUAAAGAUUUCAAUAUGGCUGAAAUAUUUAAAUUGAAUUUACUAUCAUAUGGUGAUGCAGUUAAAGAUGUAUGUGAAGUUGCUAAAGAAGAAUUCAAAAUUGAAAAUGCUUUAGAUAAAAUUGAUUUAAGAUGGGCUAAAUUAGAAUUAGAGAUGGAUACUUUCAAAAAGACUUACAAAAUUAAGAGAACUGAAGAAAUCUUCACUAUUUUAGAAGAUCAUAUGGCAGUCUUAAGUGCUUAAAAAACAACUGCCUUUUAUGAAUCAUUCAAACCUACAAUUGAAAGAUGGGAAAAUUGUUUAUAACAAAUUUCAGAAACUUUAGAAAUGUUAUCCAUAGUUUAAAGAUAAUGGAUAUAUUUAGAAGCUAUUUUUGCCACUCAAGAGAAAGAAUCUGAAAAAUAAUUGAUGGGAGAUAUUAAUAAAUUUGCAGCAAUCAAUUCUUAAUUAUCAUAGCAUAUGAAUCGUAUAUAUGAUGAUAAAAAUGUCAAGAGAUCCUUAUCUUAUGAAGGUUUCUAUUAAGAAUUAUGUACAAUGAAUUAAAAAUUGGAUGAAAGUCAAAAAAUUCUAUAUUAAUUGUUAGAAAAAUAACGAAAGGAUUUCCCCAGGUUCUAUUUCUUAUCUAAUGAUGACUUGUUCGAAUUAUUGGGAAAUUCUAAAGAUGUUUUUAAAGUUAAUAAACAUAUCAAAAAGUGUUUUGAAGGUAUUAAAAAAUUUGAUAUUCUUACCUAACAAUAUCAAACUGGAAGAGCCAAAUAAGAUGUUUAUGAAGUCUAAGCUAUGGUUGCUCCAGAUGGAGAAGUUGUUAAAUUCACUACAAAAGUCAUAUGUGAUUCAUAAUUAGAAAAAUGGCUUGGUUAAGCUGAAAAAACAAUGAGAGAAGUAUUAAAAAAAGAACUGUUCUCUACUAUGUAGACUAUUAAAAAGAAGGAAGGAAUGCGUUGGGUUGAUAAAUGGGUCAAAGAACAUCCAGGAUAAUUGUUAAUUACUGCAAGUUAACUCACAUGGUCAGGAGAUUGUGCAAAUGUCUUAAAUUAAAUCUAUAAUUCGGAAAGACCAGAAAAGAAUAGAGGUUGGAAGGCCAUUAAAGAUGAAAAAUAAUCAUUUAUCUUAGAACUUACUAAAUUAAUUCGAAAACCAAGCAACGAAGUUGAUAGGUUAAAAUUAGUUGCUUUAAUUACUAUUGAAGUACAUUAAAAAGAAAUUAUUGAUCAUCUAACCAAAAAUUGCUAAUCACCACAUUCUUUUGAAUGGCUAAAAUAAUUAAGAUUUACUGGAACUGCAACUAAUGAUACUUUUGAUUGCAGAGUUGAAUAAGCUAAUAGUAACUUUGCUUAUGGUUAUGAAUAUUAAGGUAACAAUGGAAGAUUAGUUGUUACUGCAUUGACAGAUAGAUGUUAUAUGACUUUGACAACAGCGAUGCAUUUGAAAAAGGGUGGUGCUCCUUAAGGACCAGCUGGUACUGGUAAAACAGAAACAGUAAAAGAUCUUGGUAAGAAUAUGGCAAAAUUUGUAUUGGUCUUUAACUGUUCAGAAGGAUUAGAUUAUAAAAGUAUUGGUAGAAUGUUUAGUGGAUUAGUAUAAGUUGGUGGUUGGGGUUGUUUUGAUGAAUUCAAUCGUAUUGAAGUGGAAGUGUUGUCAGUGGUUGCUCAACAAGUGAGUUAAAUAAUGAAUGCAUUGAAAGAAUUUGAAAAGAAUAAGGAUAAAUCAUCAUUUUAAUUAGAUUCAGAUGUAAUUCCAAUAAAUGAUUAAUUUGCAAUUUUCAUAACAAUGAAUCCAGGAUAUGCAGGAAGAUCCGAGUUACCUGAUAACUUGAAAUCUUUAUUCCGACCAAUAUCAAUGAUGGUUCCAGAGAAUGAAAUAAUUUGUGAAAUAAUGUUAACAUCAGAAGGAUUCAAGACUGGACAUGCACUAUCUACAAAAAUGGUUACCUUGUAUAGAUUAAUGAUUCAGUAAUUGUCUAAGCAAGAUCAUUAUGAUUUUGGUUUGAGAGCAAUAAAAUCUGUCUUGACUUGUGCUGGUUAAAUAAGAAGAGAUAAAUCGAAUGAAGUUCAGAAAGUUAAGUAGGAUGAGAAUACUAGGGAAAAUUAGAAGGAAAGUGAGAUGGAUGAGGCAAAUUAAGAGACAUAAAUUUUGAUGAGAGCGAUAAGAGACAUGAAUAUUCCAAAAUUCGUAUCUGAAGAUGUACCAUUAUUUAAUGCUCUUUUCAACGAUCUAUUUCCAAAUAUUGAUUUAUAAGAAUAAAUAAAUGAAAUAUUAUUUAAUGAGAUAGAGAAUUAGAUGAGAAAUUUGAAACUAUAAACAAGAGUGGAACACAUUAAUAAAAUAAUAUAAUUAUAUGAUUCAAAGAAUACUCGUCAUGGUAAUAUGCUUGUAGGUCAAUCUUUAGCAGGUAAGACUACAUGCUGGAAAGUGUUAAAGAAUUGUUUAAAUUAAUUGAAUGAAAGAGAACCAAAUAAAUAUCCUAAAGUGAAGAUUGAAGUAUUGAAUCCAAAGGCAGUAACAAUAAAUGAAUUAUUUGGAUAUGUGAAUUCAACAAUGGAAUGGAAUGAUGGAGUAUUAUCAUCAAUGAUGGCUCGUUUAUGUAAAGAUGAAACAAAUGAUUAAAAAUGGAUGAUUCUUGAUGGUCCAGUUGAUACACUUUGGAUUGAAUCAAUGAAUACAGUAUUGGAUGACAAUAAAGUAUUGACACUUUUGAAUGGUGAUAGAAUAUCACUUCCUCCAUAGAUGGGAUUGAUUUUUGAAGUAGAAAAUUUAGCAGUCGCUUCUCCAGCUACAGUAUCAAGAGCAGGUAUGGUUUAUUUAGAUAUAAAUGAUCUUGGAUGGAGACCUUAUAUUGAAAGUUGGGUUGAAAAAUUGACUGAUCCUUUAGUUUAAGAAACUAUUUUUGAAUUUAUAGAAAGAUGGAUUCCUAAACUUUUUAAGUAAAGAAAGUGGUGUAAGGAGAUCAUUCCAUGCAGUGAAACUAAUGUUAUUAUAUCAUUUUGUAAUUUAAUGGAUUGUUUCUUCAAAAGUGAAAAAUAAUUAUCUAUGGAUAUCCAAAAUAAGAGUGAUGUUUAUUGGACUCUCCUUGAAAAGUGGUUUACUUUUGGAUUGGUAUGGAGUAUAGGAGCAACUGUUGAUGAAGAUGGUCGUCGUAUUAUUGAUUAAUAAAUGCGUGACAUAGAUUUAAUCUUUCCCAGUCAAAAUACUGUCUAUGAUUUCUUUGUAAAUAGUGAUAAAAAUGAAUGGGCUUCUUGGGAUGAAAAAUUGGGAACUGGUUAAUGGAAACCUGAAAAUAAUAGUCCAUAUCACAAAAUGCUUGUACCUACAACAGAUUAAGUUAGAAAUAAAAAUAUCAUUACAAGAUUACUAAGUAACAAAAAUGCAGUUUUGGCUGUAGGAUUAACAGGUACUGGAAAAACAGUCUUGUUAAAUGGAGUUUUACUUUAGAUGUUUGAAUAUACAACAAUGAAUAUUGUAUUUUCAGCAUAGACUUCAUCAUUGAAAACUCAAGAAAUGAUUGAGAGCAAAUUAGUAAAAAGAUCAAAGAACAAAAUGAUACCUGAUGGAAAAAAAAUGAUCAUUUUUAUAGAUGAUCUCAAUAUGCCAAGAAAAGAUAUUUAUGGCAGUUAACCACCUCUUGAACUAAUUCGUCAAUGGAUGGAUUAUGAAGGAUGGUUUGAUCGUACCAAUAGAGAGCUAUUUAAGUUUAUUUUAGAUAUUUAAUUUGUCUCAGCAAUGGGACCUCCAGGUGGUGGUAGAGCUGAAAUUUCUACUAGAAUUCAAAAUAAAUUCCAUGUAAUUAAUUUUGUAGUGCUGUCAGACUAAUAAGUUAAGAGAAUCUAUUAAUCAAUUUUGGCUUAUAAGUUCCAAGAAUUUGAAGAUGAAAUAAAAUUACUUAUUGAGCCAAUUGCUCAAGCUACUUACAACUUAUUUUAAAUGGUCACUAAUAACUUCUUGCCUACUCCAGCAAAAUCUCAUUAUGUUUUCAAUAUGAGAGAUAUUUCCAAAGUUAUUUAAGGUGUCUACUAAUUAGACAGAUUAUAUUGUGAUAACAAAAUGACUGUGCUUAGAUUAUGGGCACAUGAAUGUUUAAGAGUUUUCCAUGAUAGACUAAUUAGUGUUGAAGAUAGACAAUUAUGUAAAUAAUUAAUUAAUGAUUAAUUAAUUUCAUGUUUACAAACUACAAUUAAGGAAUGUACAAAUGAAAAUGAAGAUGAUACAGUUUUUGCUAAUUUCAUGGAAGAAAGUGGUGGUAAAUAUAUUGAGGUUGCUUAUAGUGACAGAGAAAAUCUAAAGAAAUUCUUAGAAGAGAAAUUGGUUCAAUUUAAUACUGAUAAUAAAUCAAAAGCAAUGAAUAUUGUUUUGUUUUAAGAAGCAGUUCAUUAUAUUUGUAAGAUAAAUCGUAUAAUAAAUUUGGGUAAAGGACAUGGAAUGCUUGUUGGUGAAGGAGGUGCUGGAAGACAUUCACUUACAAAAUUAGCAACCCAUAUUGCUGAAUAUAAAUCUUGGCAGAUUGAAGUUAGCAAGAAUUAUAGAAUGAAAGAAUUUAGAGAAGACAUUAAAAAAUGGUGUGAAGAAGCUGGAUUUAAAGGAAUUUCUGGAACUUUCAUUUUUAGUGACAAUCAAAUUGCUAAUGAAGGAUUCAUUGAAGACAUCAAUAAUAUUCUUACUGUUGGCGAAGUACCUAAUCUAUUCAGUUAAAAGGAAGAUUAUCCUUAGAUUAAAGAUAGAGUUAGAAAACACUACAGAGAUGACAAUAAAUUAGAUAAAGAUGCUAAAAUCUAAGAGGAAGAUCUGAUUGAGUAUUUCUUCACAAGAAUUCAAAAUAACUUCCAUCUUAUGAUCUUGAUGAGUAAAACAGGAGAGAAUCUAAGAAACUAUUGUCGUAUGUAUCCAGGCUUAGUUAAUAACACUACAAUGAUAUGGUUUAUGCCAUGGCCAGAAUAAGCUUUGGUCGAAGUGGCAAAUAGAUAUUUAUUAUAAUUAAAGUUAGAUGAUGAAUUAACUGCAAAUAUUGCUAAAUUCUUCGGAACUGCUCAUACUAAAGUACUUUCUUUAAGUAAUAGAAUGUUCCUAGAAUUGAAAAGAAUUUACUAUGUUACACCAACAAACUAUAUUGAAUUAGUUAAAGGAUAUAACGAUUUGUUGGAAAAGAAAUAAAAUGAAAUAGGAGGUGAAGUUAGAAAACUUACUUUGGGAUUGUAAAAAUUAGAUGAUGCAGCAGCAAACAGCGAAGAAUUACAAAAACAAUUAUCAAUUUAUCAAAUUGAAUUGGGAAAGAAAAGUAAGGAUUGUGAAGAAUUGAUGACUAAGAUAGAUGGUGAAACACGUGAUGCAAAUGAAAAAUAAGUUGAAGUGGAAACAAGAUCAACAUAAGUUGAAAAGGAAAAAGCAGAAGUAGAAACUCUAGCAGAAGAAGCUUAAAAAGAUUUAGAGAAAGCAGAACCUGCAUUAAGAGCAGCUGAAUAAGGAUUAGAAUAGUUGGAUAAGUAACAAUUAGCAGAAGUUAGAGCUUAUAGUAAACCUCCUAAUGGUGUAGAUAAUGUGUUAUAAGCAGUUAUGAUUAUCAUGGGUAAGGAGGCAACUUGGGCUAGUGCCAAAAAAGAAAUGACAGCCCCAGAUUUCUUACAAUAAUUAAAAAAAGUUGAUAAGGAUCAUAUUAUGAAUAAGACAUUAGUUAGAAUAGAAAAAAUCACUAGUGAUCCUGAAAUGCUUCCAUCUAAAAUUGAUGCUAUUUCUGUUGCAUCAGGUACUUUAUGGAGAUGGGUUUUAUCUUUGGAAAUGUAUGCAAAAGCUUUUAAAGAUAUUGAACCUAAAAGAGCAAAAGUUAAGUAUUUGAGAGAGAAAUUAAAGAAGAGUGAAGAUGAAUUCCAGUAAUUGCAAGAGAGUUUCUAAAUUUUGAAAUAGAGUAUUGAAAAAUUAAAAACUGAUUUAUAAAGAGCCAAAGAUGAUAUGGAAAUGUAUUCUAGGGAAACUGUAGUUCUAGAAAAUAAAUUGGGGAGAGCUGAAAAGUUAAUUUCUGGAUUGGCAAGCACUAAAGAAGGUUGGGCUAUUAGAAGAAAGGAAUUAUAAGGAAAAUUAGAAGUCUUGGUUGGUGAUGCUUUAAUGACAGCUGCAUUCUUAAGUUAUGCUGGCCCAUUCCCAUCUGAAUAUAGACAACAAUUUGUCACUGAAUAAUUAAUUGGAUAAGUUAGAUAUUUGAAAAUACCAUAUUCUAAAGAUUGGAAUUUCCCUGAUUUUCUUGUUAAACCUGUUUAAUUUUUAUAAUGGAGUUAAUAAGGAUUACCAGAUGACCAAUUUUCUAAAGAAAAUGGUGUCUUAGUAACUUAAGGAAGAAGAUGGCCAUUGAUGAUUGAUCCAUAGGUUUAAGCAAAUAACUGGAUCAAAAAUAUGGAAAGAGCUAUAAAUAAAAAUAAUCUUAAAGAAUUAGAUCCAUAAAAUGAAAAAAUGAUGAGUAUCAUUGAAAAUGCUAUUGCUGCUGGAUAAAUUGUAAUCCUUGAAAAUAUGGGAGAAGAGCUAGAUCCAUCUUUGGAACCAGUUUUGAAUAAGCAAUUAAGAACUGUCAAUAACAAAUUAAUGAUGUAUAUGGGAGAAAAAGAAAUCUUGUACAAUCCGAAUUUCCGAUUCUAUAUGACUACAAAAUUAGCUAAUCCAAAAUAUAAGGCUGAAACUCAGACAAGAGUUACUUUAGUAAAUUUCACAGUAAAAUAAAAGGGUCUUGAAGAAUAAUUGAUUUCUGUUGUUAUUUAAAUAAUGGAAGCUUAAUUAGAAAAGAGUAAAAAUGAUUUGGUGAAUAAAAAAUCAUAAAAUGAGAUUACUUUACGUAAAUUAGAUGAUGAUAUUUUGAAGAUGCUUUAAGAAAUUAAAGGAAGUUUGAUAGAUGAUGAAAAUCUAAUUGUUACUUUGGACAAAUCAAAAGAAACUGAGGAAGAAGUUAAAAAGUAAAUAGAAACUUCUGCUGUUUCAAUGAAGAAAACUUUUGCAGCGAGAGAAAACUAUCGUUCUUUAGCGAGAAUAGCAUCAAAAUUAUUCUUUGUUUUAAAUGAUUUUUCACUUAUAGAUCACAUGUAUUAAUUUGCCUUAUCCAAUUAUAUUGAAUAAUUUGGAGAGAAUAUUAACACAUAUUAAAGUAGAGGAGCAUCAAUAAAUGAUUCUUUAUAAGAGAAAUUGUCAGAUAUAGCAGCAAGACAUUCUGAAGAGAUAUUUAAGACUGCAUGUAGAGGAUUAUUUGAGAAAGAUAAACUAUUGUUAGCAAUAUAGAUGGCAGUAAACAUUACAAGUGAAUUGAAGAGUUAGAUUACAAUAGAUUUAGAAGAAUACAAUUUCUUUUUAAGAGGAGGAGAUGUAAAUGCAGAUAGAAAGAAUUAACCUCAUAAUCCGAUUUCAGAUUGGGUGACUGAAUAAUAAUGGCAGGCUAUAUGUGAUUUGGAUAAAUUACCGAAUUUCACUGGUAUUAUUAAUGCUUUCACUCAUAAUGGUAAAGAAUGGAAAAAGUGGUAUUUAAGUCCAACACCUGAAUCAGAUUCUUUACCAGGAGAAUGGGAUCAGAAAUGUGAUAGUCUUAAGAAGAUGAUAUUACUUAAAAUUAUUAGACCUGAUAGAGUAUUAUUGGCAGCAUAAGCAUUUGUUAAUUCAACUUUGGGAUAAUUCUAUACUUAACCUCCUGCAACAACAUAUGAUUCCAUUUAUAAUGACACUACUAAAAAUAAGCCAGUGAUAUUUAUAUUGUCACCAGGAGUUGAUCCUUAUCAUUAAUUAGAGUAAUUUGCUAAGAUGAAGGAUUGUAAUCUUUUACCUGUUUCAUUGGGUUAAGGUUAAGCUUAAAAAGCUAUUGAUAAAUUAUACGAGGGUAGUAAGGCAGGCUUAUGGGUUUAUUUGGCAAAUUGUCAUUUGAGUUUAAGCUUCUUGAAAGAAUUAGAGAAAUGUAUGGAAACUUUAAGAUAAUCUGAUGCCACUAAUGAGAAAUUCAGAUUAUGGUUAAGUUCAGCUCCUCAUCCUAAAUUCCCUAUUAGCAUUCUUUAAAAAUGCUUAAAAGUGACUACUGAACCACCUAAAGGAGUUAAGGCAAAUAUGAAUAGAUUGUACACAAAUAUGUCUUAAUCUAAAUUUGAUCCAUCAAUUCUUUCAUAAUAGAAAUUGAAUAAUUAAUUACACUAUAUGAAAUUAGUGUAUUCACUCUGUUGGUUCCAUAGUUUAAUAAUUGAACGUAAGAGAUUUAAAUCUCUAGGAUGGAAUGUGAUAUACGAUUUCAAUGAUUCAGAUUGGGAAACAGCUGAUAAUAUACUUUUAAUGUAUGUUGAUCAAACAUAACAUGAUAGUAAACAUAAUCAAUAAUAAUAAUAAUAACUUGGAUAAUAAUAAUCAGACUAACCAGUUUAGAAGAGUCCUCCUUGGGAUGCCAUAAGAUAUUUGAUUGCAGAUGUAAUCUAUGGAGGUAGAGUGACAGAUAAAUAUGAUCAAAGAUUACUUAAGGUUUAUGCUAAUAGUUUCUUUUAAGAUAAAAUUAUAUUUGAAGAGAAAUAUAAAUUAGUAGAGAAUUCUCAAUAUUAUUAUAUACCAGAGGAAUUCAAACCAAAAGAAAGUAAGAAUGAUAAAAUUAGCAAUCAUGUUUUGUUUUAUAGAAGCAAAGUAGAAGAUUUUCCACCUGUAGAAAGAGCUGAAGUAUUUGGAUAACAUAUUAAUGCUGAAAUAUCAUCUUAGAUAGCAGAUACUAAUGCUCUAAUUGAUUCAAUCAUAUCCUUAUCGCCUUAAUCAGUAAAAGCAGGUGAAGAAUCGAUGGAAACUAAAGUUUAAAAAUUGAUUUAAGAAACAUUGGGUAAAGUUCCAGAAGAAAUUGAUAUGUAAGAAGCUAUUGAGAAAGUAAGACCUGGUGAUUAAAAUCCAUUAAAAAUAGUGUUGAUGUAAGAAAUAUCAAGAUAUAAUAAAUUAUUGAAUACAGUUAGAACUUCAUUAACUAAUUUAGAUAAAGGUUUAAGUGGUUUAGUAUUAAUUUCUGAGGAUCUUGAAACAAUUAUGCACAGUUUGUUUGAUAAUAAGGUACCUUAAUAAUGGAAAUUUUGUUAUCACUCACUAAAACCAUUGUCAAGUUGGAUUAUUGAUCUUGAGAAAAGAGUUCUCUAAUUGAGAAAUUGGAUUAAAUAAUAACCAAGUGUAUUUUGGAUUUCUGGAUUCUCAUUUCCAACUGGAUUUACAACUGCUUUAUUAUAAUAGAGUGCAAGAAAAGUAAAUACUCCAAUUGAUUAAUUUGGAUGGGAAUUUUCAUUCUUACCACAUGGAUCUGAACCUUAAGCAGCUAAAGAUGGAGCAUAUAUACAUGGUCUAUUUCUUGAAGGAGCUAAAUGGGAUGAAAAGAAUUAUAUUGUUGAUGCUGAACCUAUGAAAUUACAUGAUUAAAUGCCAAUCGUUCUAUUUAAACCUGUAAGUUAAGAAGGUAAAAGUAAAUCAAAAAAAGGUAUAAUAUUUUCAUUUAAUUUUUAGGUUAAAACUUUUAUCUUUGUCCCACUUAUUAUUAUUAAGUACGUUGUGGAGUUAUGGAAAGACCUUCAUAUCAAUUUGAUGUUAUGUUACCUUGUAAACCUAAUCCAGGUUAAGCUUCUAAUGAAGAAGAUUUCUGGAUUAAAAGAGGUACUGCUUUACUUAUGCAAUUAUCAGAUUGAAUAUAA